GAACUGCCCGGCUAGAGAAUGGCCGACUAAACAUGCACGCUAGACCGGCCUGAAACAGCGUCUAGCGCAUUUCGUCACGGAGCAAGCAUCACUUUCUGCAACACUCCACGCUUCACUGUUUUGAUCCCUGUCAAUGCGGAGAAGAGCCCGUUUUGCAUACCAUGUCUCCGCUCGUCCGUCAACGCCAGGAGAUGCCGUUGUAGUACUAUAUAAACCAUGUAACAAUAGUCGGACGGCACCGCAGUUCCUACAGUACUGUACAUCCUCGUUCCAGCUGCCCUCGCUAACAAGCCAGCAAUCAAAAGGAUCAAGCAAGAUGCACCCCCUCACCACCCUCCUCCCCAUUUUCCUAUGGGCACUCAGCACCACCGCACUCACCCUCCACCAUGACGACCAUGCAAAACACCUCCUCCCCCGCGCCGGCUCCCUCGAACAAAUCACCGACUUUGGAGAUAAUCCCACAAACGUAGGCAUGUACAUCUACGUGCCGACCAACCUCGCCCCGAACCCCGCCAUCAUCGUCGGCAUCCACUGGUGCACGGGCACCGCGCAGGCGUUCUACACCGGGUCGCCGUACGCGACCUACGCCGAGCAAUACGGCUACAUUGUGAUCUAUCCCGAGAGUCCGUAUGAGGGCGGAUGCUGGGAUGUGAGUUCGCAGGCGACGUUGACGAGGGAUGGCGGCGGAAAUAGUAAUUCGAUUGCGAAUAUGGUGGCUUGGGCGGUGGAGAAGUAUGGCGCAGAUGAGGAGAGGGUGUAUGUGACGGGGUUGAGUUCGGGGGCUAUGAUGACGAACGUCAUGGCAGCAACAUACCCCGACCUCUUCGCCGCCGGAAUCGUCUACGCCGGCGUCCCAGCAGGGUGUUUCCUCAGCACCGCGGACGAGAAAAACGCCUGGAACAGUACCUGCUCCCAAGGUGACUCAAUCACCACGCCCGAGCACUGGGCCGCCAUCGCCAAAGCCAUGGACCCCGGGUAUGACGGCCCAAGGCCCAAAAUGCAGAUCUACCACGGCAGCGAAGACGCGACGCUGGAUCCGCAGAACUACUACGAAACGUGUAAGCAGUGGGCGGGGGUGUUUGGGUAUGAGUAUGAGAGUCCGGAGGAGACGAAGAGCGAUACGCCCCUGGCGAACUGGGAGUCAACGGUCUGGGGAGAGAGCUUGACGGGGGUGUUGGCGGGGGGUGUGGAUCAUGGGAUUCAGAUUCAGGGGGAGGAGGAUAUGGUUUGGUUUGGGUUUGCUUAG